UGGCCGGCCCGAAGCGCGCAGGCGCCUUGACGCUAGCCGGGACCACAUACUGGGACUUUUCUGGUCCGGGCUCGGGCGGACGGUGGCCGGGAGGGCUCGGAACUAGGCGUGCGUUCGCGCCCUGCGUUCCCGGUUGUCGUCCCCGGCGCAAUGCGCUACAACGAGAAGGAGCUGCAGGCGCUGUCCCGGCAGCCGGCCGAGAUGGCGGCCGAGCUGGGCAUGCGGGGCCCCAAGAAGGGCAGCGUGCUCAAGCGGCGCCUGGUGAAGCUGGUGGUCAACUUCCUCUUUUACUACCGCCCGGACGAGGCCGAGCCCGUCGGCGCGCUGCUUCUAGAACGCUGCCGGGUCACGCGCGAAGAGCCACGGAGCUUCUCGCUCGGCUUCGUGGAGGACCCGGAGAGGAAGUAUCACUUCGAGUGCUGCAGCGAGGAGCAGUGCCAGGAGUGGACGGAGGCCCUGCGGCGGGCCAGCUACGAGUUCAUGCGAAGGAGCCUCAUCUUCUACAGGAAUGAAAUUCAGAAGAUGACAGGCAAGGACCCCUUGGAGCAGUUUGGCAUAUCCCAGGAGGCCCGGUUCCAGCUGAGCAGUCUGCCCAGGGACGGGCGGCCAGCAGGCAUCAGUUCUCAGCUGGAUGUGCUGGGCUGACUCUGCCUGGACCCCUGGGGAGGAGGGGGGGUCUCUGGCUUCCCGGCCCCCUCAAAUGCCUCAGGCCCUGGCGUGCCGUGUGCACCCCAGUCCUGCUGAAUGUAGAUGCCAGAGUGUGCUGUGAAGGGGCCAGUUAGGCCCCCUGCCCCAGAGUCCCCAGCUCCUUGUGUUCCAAUAAAGGGACCUUGCCCGAGCCCA